UCAUAUCCAAUACUAAGUCCGCUCGGGGCAUAUUUCACCAUAGGGCAUAUAUAUGCUUUAACAGAUUUGUGGUCAAUUUCGUCUUAUAAUCAUGGCUGUCCAUAAGAAAGAAAUCAAUAGCGUUUUCAUCAUAUUGACAGUAUAUCUGCAUCUAACCAGCGGGGAGUUCUCGUACCCUGAUGUCUUCGACGAUCCUGAACGCGACACUUUAAUCUCUGGGCAGUUUCCGGAUGGCUUUGCCUGGGGUUCGGCCACCUCCGCCUAUCAGGUCGAAGGAGGUUGGAACGAGGACGGCAAAGGCGAGAGCAUCUGGGAUACCUUCUCUCACGAAGGCCGGAUCUAUAAUAACCAAACCGGCGACGUCGCCUGCGACAGUUACCAUAAGUACACCGAAGACGUCCAGCUGGUUAAAGCCAUCGGACUGACCCAUUACCGCUUCUCCAUCUCGUGGCCAAGGAUCUUGCCCCAGGGCACGCUUGCUGGCGGCAUUAACCAGGCUGGCUUAGAUUACUAUACCGAUCUGAUCGACGAGCUCAUUGCCAACGACAUCGAACCCGUGGUCACCCUCUACCACUGGGACCUUCCUCAGGUACUCCAGGAUGAUUACGGUGGAUGGGAGAAUGACACUCUGGCCGACUUGUUCAACGACUAUGCCAAUUUGUGCUUCGCUGAAUAUGCUUCUAAGGUUAAUAUCUGGAUUACGUUCAACGAACCCUAUGUGGUGACAUGGCUCGGUUAUGGGAUAGGCGUCUUCGCCCCUGGUAUAGUCAGCCCUGGAUACGCUCCAUACCGUGCAGCCCAUACUAUCAUCAAGGCCCAUGCAAAAGCAUACAACACCUACAAAAAUAACUACUUUUCUCAAUAUGGUGGCAAGGUCUCCAUCACCCUUAGUACCGACUUUGGACAACCAAAAGACCCUGAGAAUGAAGAGGACAUCGGAGCUGCUGUAAGAUACAUGCAGUUCACAGCAGGAUGGUUCGCGCACCCAAUAUUGAAGAACGGUGACUAUCCAGAUGUGAUGAAGUGGCAGGUCGGUAACAAGAGUCAGGAGCAAGGUCUUCCCGAGUCUCGUCUUCCAGAGUUCACUGAGGAGGAGAAACAGUACAUCAAGGGUACAGGAGACUUCUUUGGGCUGAACAGCUACACUACGACCGUGUGCAAACAUAAAGUUACAUCAGGAGAUCCCAAUUAUGAGGGUGACCAGGAUGUGGAGCGAAACCAACCGGAAAAUUGGCCGACGUCUGCUUCUGAAUGGCUCCGACCAGUUCCUUGGGGUUUGAGAGGUCUCCUAAACUGGGUCAAGAAUGAGUAUGAUGAUAUCGACAUCUACAUCACUGAGAAUGGUGUUUCUACCCCGGAUGAGUUCAACCUUGAAGACGAUGCAAGGGUCACAUUCUACCAAGCUUACCUUAAUGAAGCCCUUAAAGCUCAAAUGUAUGAUGGUGUGAACCUCGUUGGCUAUUUUGCUUGGUCACUCAUGGACAACUUUGAGUGGACUUCCGGUUACAGUCAGCGCUUCGGACUUCAUUACGUUGAUUUUGAGGAUCCUGAUCGACGCCGAACGCAGAAAAAAUCUGCAGAGUGGCUGACAGGAAUCGUAGCGUACAAUGGAUUUUCAUCAGCGCAACGCGACACUUUAAUCACAGGGAAAUUUCCAGAUGGCUUUGCAUGGGGUUCGGCCACCUCUGCCUACCAGGUCGAAGGCGGGUGGAACGAGGACGGCAAGGGCGAGAGCAUCUGGGAUAAAUUUGCCCACGACGGUCGGAUCUAUGCCUAUCAGAACGGCGAUGUCGCCUGUGACAGUUACCAUAAAUACGCCGAAGACGUUCAGAUGGUCAAGGCCAUUGGAUUGACCCAUUACCGCUUUUCCAUCUCGUGGCCAAGGGUCUUGCCCCAGGGCACGCUUGCUGGCGGCAUUAACCAGGCUGGCUUGGAUUACUAUACCAAUCUCAUUGACGAACUCGUUGCCAACGACAUUGUACCGGUGGUGACACUCUACCACUGGGACCUUCCUCAAGCACUCCAGGAUGUUUAUGGUGGAUGGGAAAACGAAACUCUUGCCGAUUUGUUCAACGACUACGCCAAUCUGUGCUUCUCCAAUUAUGCUUCUAAGGUUAAAAUCUGGAUUACAUUCAACGAACCGUAUGUGGUGUCAUGGCUCGGUUAUGGAAUAGGCGUCUUUGCUCCCGGUCUUUAUAAUCCUGGCUACGGUGCUUACCGAGCCACCCACACUAUCAUCAAAGCCCAUGCCAAAGCUUACCACACCUACAAAGAUAGCUAUUCCCAGUAUGGUGGCCAGAUCUCCAUUACCCUCAGUACCGACUACGGAUACCCCGAGUUUCCAGAUAAAGCAGUGGAUGUAGCAGCAGCUGACAGAUACAUGCAAUUCACUGCAGGAUGGUUCGCGCACCCGAUUUUGAUAAACGGUGACUAUCCAGAUGUGAUGAAGUGGCAGGUCGGUAACAAGAGUAUGGAGCAGGGUCUCUCCAAGUCUCGUCUUCCAGAGUUCACAGAGGAGGAGAAACAGUACAUCAAGGGUACAGGAGACUUCUUUGGGCUGAACAGCUACACCACACAGAUAUGCAGAAAUCGACCUGAACCUGCAGGAGAUCCCAAUUAUGAGGGAGACCAGGAUGUAUAUCGCUACCAACUGGACAAUUGGCCAACGUCUGGUUCUGACUGGCUCAAACCGGUUCCAUGGGGUUUGAGAGGUCUCCUAAACUGGAUCAAGAAUGAGUACAACGUCCCCAUCUACAUAACUGAAAAUGGUGUCAGUGACGACAACCCGGAUGAAUUCAACCUUGACGAUGACACAAGGAUAAAAUUCUACAAUGCUUACAUCAAUGAAGCUUUAAAAGCUCAAAAGUUGGAUGGCGUUAAUCUUGCUGGGUAUUUUGCUUGGUCACUCAUGGACAACUUUGAGUGGACUUCAGGUUACAGCCAGCGCUUUGGACUUCAUCAUGUAGAUUUUGACGAUCCAGAAAGAACCAGAACACAGAAAAAGUCUGCCGAGUGGCUGACAGGAAUCGUAGCAUACAAUGGAUUUUCAUCAGCGCCACAUCUUCAAGCCACAACAUUUGUCCUCUGUCUUUCUGCCUUAAUUUAUAAAUUGUUUGUAUGAUAUAAAUUUCAUUUUACAUGUACUUAUGUAGUUUUCUUCUUCAAUUUCGAUUCAAAUUCAAUGAUUCCAAACAACAAUAAACAUAACACAAAUGUGUUGCUUUAUCAUUACCCAAGCAAAAGACUAUUGUGUAUGUAGAUGCAAGACAAAGCAACGGUGAGAAUGAUACAUGGUGCUAAUUCAUUUAAUGCACUGGAAGAAGACUGUGGACGUUUCAUAUAUGCCAAGUUUGGAAAAGAAGUGCACUGGCAAGCAAUUGCAGUGGUGUAACAAUAGUAUAGUCUGAGUGUGAUGAUAGGGCUGAAGAUGACUAAAACUAAGUUUUGAGAUCAUACUGGGUAGCUCAACAUUGUGGGCUAGCAGAAGAAGACUUGAAACAAGUAGAGGGUAAGGAGGGUGGGUUUAGGUUGAAUUCUCUAGGUUGGGCAAAGGUGAAGUGGGGUGUGAUUCAGUUUAACAUUAACAUGUAUGCACUUUGCUUAUCAGUGAAAUAAAUGACAGACUUGCCCAUGGUCCUCCAUGAGCCCCUUGACACAAAGGUUUAAUUGCUUUGAAUUUCAUAUAGGUAUGUAAGAAUAAUUCUGAAUGGUUCCAGUCAGUGUUUUCAACAAAUUACACAUGGGUCUUUCCAUGAAGUUGAGGCACAAAUUGUGACAUUUCAGCAUAACUCAAUACUUAUUAUACUAUAUGUUUGUUUGUAGGCUUUACAUUUGUAAAGACCAUACAUUUUACUGGAAAUUUGGGGCCAUUUAGACUAAUUUUCCAUGAAGUUAUUAAGCAAAGAGUAUAUAAUGCUGUGUAGUGUACACAGAGUCCAUGUAGCAUCAGGAUAUUUACAUUUUGUCCUAAAAAUUCAUUAGGCUGACUAAAACUUGAAACAAUACGUACAUUUUACUUGUUAAGUCAGUUAGCUAAAUACCUCAGAUUUCCUAUGCAUUCAGUGUAGUUUCAAAUGAAAAUUUUAAAAUUGUCAUGAUGUCCAUGUAGUGACAAUUUUGAAAUUUUCUCUUGAAAAUAUAAUUAUAUGCAAAGAAAAUCUGCAGUGUUUAGCUACCUGAUUUAACAAGUAAAUGUGCAUAUUGUAUCAAAUGUUGGUCAACCUAAUUGCAAAAAUUUGACUUUCAGGACCAAAAGAAAAUAUCCCAAAGCUACAUGGACACCGUGUACCUGUAAAAGCAUCAUUCUAUGUUUUGCUCAAUAACUUCAUGGAAAAUUAGUCUAAAUGGCACCUAAUUUCCAGUAAACUAUACGCCUUAAAUACAAAUGUAAAGCCUACAAACAAUAAAUAUAGGCCUACAGUACGAUCAGUCUUGAGUUAUGCUGAAAUGACACAAUUCAUGCCCCAACUGUAUGAGAUAGACCCACAUGCAACAAUGAACUUGAUUGGCCAUGGUGCUAUGAGUGGUGGUGCCUUAUAAGGCUAUUUGUAAUGUUACACAAAACAAUUGGUGACCCUUUCUUAAGUGCUUAAUCAGACCCUCAAUCAUUUUGAUUUCUAUAAAGUUGCAAUCAUUCUUUGGUUGAUUAAAAUUGUCAAUUCUAACAAACAUCUAAACAGAAAAUUCUACUUUUUUUCAAAAUUUGAUAUGGAUUUAGACACUCCAUUCCUUGGUAUGCCAAGGGCUUAUCUCAUUUAGCAAACGGAAUGGUCACCAAAUGGGAAAGAAUCAUUGGUAAACCUCACAAUUUAAUUAUAUGAAAAUGAUGUUUUCUCCAAAAUGCAGAAUUCCAUAACAAAAACAGGUACAUCUUGUCAUUUAGGAUUCCCAAUUAAAGCAUGAAGAAAUAAACACAGUUUUCACUCUCAUGGUAGCAUUCUAUUGUGCAGCUACACAUUGCGAUGUGGUGUAGAUCUAACCAAUCACUGCACACAUUAAAGAAACAAUACAAAUGGAAUUAUUAAGUUAGAUUUAUAAAUGUAUUUAUCAUUGAUUCCUUGAGAAAUUCAUAGGAACUGAUGUUCAACAGAUAAUAAAUGUAAAUACUUCA